AUGUCUCGAUUUUUACGAUCUCUGUGUCAGUAUUGCCGUGUUUAUAAUGUUGCUAAUGAUCAACAAGAAAUUUAUGUAGUUUCUCUAGAUUAUAAAAAAGAUACUACACAUCAAAAAUUAAAUUGUAAAGAAGAGCACUUUCUAUACGAAAAUUUUCGGACUGAUAGAAGAAAAAUGAAAAAUAGUAGUGAUAAAAAACUGACAAAUGCUAGCUUUGAUUCUACUAAUAGCCAUUUUAAAACUGGUGAAAGAGGAACAAAUUUCUGCUGUGUUCCUAAGUAUCAAGAACCAUGCGAUAGUAUAAAAAGAAAUGAAUGUAGUGAUGCACCCGAAUAUCAGUUACCUUACCAAUCUUUUGAAGAUCCAGAGUAUGAAGAGAUCUGGGACAAAGGAAAAGGUGACAAUAGUAAAAAAGAUGAGGAUUGUAAAUCUUUUGAAGAUCCAGAGUAUGAAGAGAUAUGGGAAAAAGGAAAAGGUGACAAUAGUAAAAAAGAUGUAGAUCGUCAAUCAUCUGAAAGCCACGAAUAUGAAGAGAUAUGGGAAAAAGGAAAAGAUGACAACGGCAAAAAAGAUGAGGAUUGUCAAUCUUUUGAAGAUCCAGAGUAUGAAGAUAUAUGGGAAGAAGAAAAAGAUAAUAACACAAAAGAAGAAUCUGAUCAACACAUAUCUACAAGUACUCCUGAACGUGCUAAAUCUCAAAUAUUUGAUGACAAUUUAUCUUUAGUGCCAAUUUCUAAAAAUUCAACCGGCAAGGGAUGUCAAAAAGAUGAUGAUCAGUCUGAAAAAAAGAAAAAUUUCCGCAAAUCUGUUGUUAUAAUUAUCUACACUGUACAAGAAACAGAUAAAAAUAGUGAAAAUUAA